AUGCCACGUGGCUUGUGGGUUACUGUACCUGGCCCACUUCCAAAAUUCGAGCGCUGUUUAGCGUGGUCCGUUUGGUUGUUUCACUCGAUCUCGGCGUUUUUUCUCGCCGCUUGGGUCUCGCAUGGAAAAUUGCGAGUUUGGUUGGAGGGAAAUGGAUUUGUGAGAACUAGUGGGUGAGUUUGAAUUAUGUAUUUUGGCUCGGAAAAUUUUUGACACGUGGCAGGCGGAAAAUUUUAAAUUUUGAAUUUUUUAAACAUUUUCAGCUGUAAAAAUGUCUUGUGAAUUUUUUUUAGAAAUUUUUGACAAAAUUUCUAAAUUUCUACACGAAAACAUUUUUUUUUCAGAAAAAUUCUGGAAAAUCAUGCCACGUGUAUUUUUGAGCAAAAUUUUUUAAAGUCAAUUGUUUUUCAAAAUUUCAGGUUUUUAGCGUUAAAAAUCCACGUGGAAUUUUUUUCGCCAAAGUCUUCCGUUUUAAAUUUUUUUUGAAUUUCCCCCCAAAAUUCCCAACCUUUUUGCAGCUACAGUACAACAUCGUCUCAAGACCUCUCCGAUCCAGAAUGGCUCUACUAUCGUCAAACUCUCUCGCAUCUUCUCCUCAGCUACAGUAUCCACAGCACCGCCCAUUUUUUCGCGCGCAAACUCUUGGCACCAAAUUCUCCUCUCCUUCCCUGGCUCCUCACAGCCAUCGGUUUUGCCUCGCAGAUUUUCAUGACAAGUUGGCGAUGCGUGGGAGUACUGUAUUUGUUCACAGCCACAGUAACCUGGGUUACUGUGGGCGUGUUGAGUAAUCUUGCCACAUGGCAAAAACAGGCUGCCACGUGGAUUUUUUGCAUUGUGUUCAUCACGAGGAGCUUGAGUUUCAUACCGUUUACACCGGGUGGAAGUAUUUUCUAUCGCGAAUUCAAUUUGUAUUUGUAUGGAGCCUUUAAGGUGAGCGUGGCCUAGAAAAUUUGUUGGGUUUCCUAGGCCACCUUCUUCCAGAUUCUCAGCCACACCCUCUACAUCAUUGAAAAUCGCGAAAAUCCUCCCAAACUCCACGAAUCGCUCCAAUAUUUCGCCUAUCUUCCCUAUUCAAUGACUCUCAUCGUGACAUUCGCCGAUUUCUUAUCGCAAACUCGCACAACACCAGCGGCGAACCCGCGAAUCUCGCGAAUUUGUCGCGCCGCACUUCGCCUCAUCUUCUGGUAUUUCGCGUUCGAAGCCCUUCUCCACGUGGUUCAUGUGAAUGCGAUUUUUGCGGCGACGUCGCCAGGCGAAAUUUUCGCCCGCCUCAAUGUCUAUGAAAUCGCCUCGAUUGCCUAUUGUUGUGGUCAAUUGUUUCAUGUGAAAUAUGUGAUUAUUUUCGGAGUUCCCGCGUUUUUCGCAAGAGAAUUGGAUGGAAUGCGACCGCCUUGUGAGCCGAUUUGUAUUUCGCGAGUUUCACUGUAUUCUAGAAUGUGGCGAUUUUUUGAUAAUGGACUGUAUAAUUUUUUGAAAACACAUGUCAGUUUUUGAAUUUUACACGUGAGCUAUGACGUGGCAAUUUAAAAAUCUAUAAUUUAUUUCAAAAAAAAAAUCACCUGAAUCAAAUAUUUUGCAGGUUUAUAUUCCAGUGAUGUCCAAACCGCUUCCCAUGUAUCUUUCAAUUCUUCGAAGUCUCUCCGCUCUCAUCGCAGUCUUUUCGGUUGUUCUCGCUUGGCACGGCGCAAAAACCCACUAUAUUUGCUGGGUUUCCUUGUCCGCUGCUGAACUCAUCAUUGAACGAAUCGGAUAUGCGAUUUGGAAGAUGGACAGCGUUCAACAACUUCGAGCUCGUCUUGGUGAGCAUUGUUGUCGGCGAGUGAUGGCGACGGGAAUGUUGUUGACGGUGACACCCGGGAUAUUUGGUGUAUUUUUCUUUUUGGGACAGCCCGGAGUUGGGCAAGCGAUUUUGGAUAGAAUUGUGAUUCAAGGAAUGCGCGAUGUUUUUACGGGGAAUUUGAGUUUUUCACCGUAA